AUGCCCAUGGUGGCCUCAGUUCUCGCGGCUGCGGCGGCCUCGCCCCCACUUACGUCACGGAGAUGGGGCCGUCUUGUCGCAUCACAUCCACGGGCGAACCCGCCGCCUCCCGCGCUGGGCCUGCGGGCGCCCGCUUCUCCUCUCCGGGCCUCCGUUCCCCGCGAUUCUCGUGCCGGAGCCGCCGUCCCGAGGGCUCCGUGUGCGGCGGCCUCAUUAGGUGGUGGUGUGAAGGCGGAGGCCACGGAGCGGGAGGCGGCCGAUUGGGAUGUUCUGAAGCGGGUGGCGCUGCUCGCGCUUGGCUGCUGCGCUGCAGCCGCCGCGCUCGGCUGCGGCGCGGCGCGGGCAGCGGCGGAGGACUCGAUCAAGGCGUCAGGGUUCGGGCUGCGGGUGGCGGAGUCGCUGCGGAGGCUCGGAUGGCCCGACGACGCCGUCGUGUUCGCACUCGCGACGCUGCCGGUGAUCGAGCUGCGGGGGGCGAUCCCCGUUGGUUACUGGUUGCGGCUCCAUCCCGUCCGCCUCACCAUCCUAUCCGUUCUUGGGAACAUGGUACCUGUACCAUUUAUCAUCCUCUACCUGAAAAAACUUGCGACAUUUCUGUCUCAGAAAAGCACAUCUGCAGCCCGAAUUAUGGACCUCCUCUUUGAGCGGGCACGACAGAAGGCUGCUCCUGUUGAGGAAUUCCAAUGGCUCGGCUUGAUGUUGUUUGUUGCCGUUCCAUUCCCAGGCACAGGAGCAUGGACAGGGGCCUUCAUUGCAUCUGUUUUAGGCAUGCCAUUUUGGUCAGGUUUUACAGCAAAUUUUGUGGGAGUUGUCCUUGCAGGGCUGCUGGUGAACUUGCUUAUGAAUCUUGGCCUGAAAUAUGCAAUUAUUACUGGAGUAGUUUUGUUCUUUGUUUCAACUGUAAUGUGGAGUGUUCUUCGUUCCCUAAAGAAGUCUGUGAAUGGCAAAUGA